GAGACCGCGUCCUUUGAUGUUAUAUCUAGGAAUGCAUUUUGCGCGCUGCAAUGACGUCGAUAUACAAUUUUGGAUUGACAUUUAUGUUGGGAGAAUUUCGAAUAUUCCUCCAAGCGCGUAAAUCAACGCCGCCAGCGACAUCUUGAGAGGAAGAACGAAAUUAUUACCAGUCGGUACAGUGUUUCCGAACCGAUCUAGAACGGAAAGAUCCGAAUUCGACCGAAUUUCUUUGCCGUGAUAUUAGCCACAACAAAAAAUUGGUAACAUUCGCUUGAAAACUUUUCGGCAAUACAUGUUCUUCGCGUUCUUUUUGUGAUUCAGCGUUGUACCAGAGAAUACAGUGCUUCGUCAAGCCAAGUUCUAAAAUAAAAGCAAAGCUCAUUAAAACAUUGGGUGUCAACAAUGGCAGAUGAACAACAGCAGUUUUUUCUUAAAUGGAAUGAUUUCCAAUCUAAUAUGGUAUCGUCGUUUAAACAUUUACGAGAUGAAAAAAGUUUCACGGAUGUGACAUUAGCUUGUGAUGGUCAAACUUGUAAAGCACAUAAGAUGGUGUUAUCUGCUUGUAGUCCUUAUUUUAAAUCUUUAUUAGAGGAAAAUCCGUCCAAACAUCCCAUCAUAAUUUUAAAAGAUGUCGCGUAUAGUCAUCUUCAAGCUAUUUUGGAAUUUAUGUAUGCAGGAGAAGUUAAUGUUUCGCAAGAUCAAUUGCCUGCAUUUCUUAAAACUGCUGAUCGACUUAAAGUUAAAGGAUUGGCAGAAGCACCAGGUGCCAUUAAGAGAGAGGGUUAAAGUUGCACUUAUAGUUAUGGAUUUUGGGAAGCGUGCGGACUGAAAAAAGUGUAAUAAUGUAAAGUGAUUGCGUAAAGACAUAACACACAUUAUAAAAAACACACUACGUGUGCACAACUCAGUGUCCUCUGGUUCAUGACUUGGAUCAACAUACCACGACAAUGUAAAUUAUGCCUUUUCUUAAUCUCAGUUAAUGUUAAUGUUGUAUUGAAUGUAUGUAUACAAAUAUGGUAGAGAUGAAAUGUUGAUGUUUGUCUUGAACCUGUUGCGCCAUGUAGUGGCGACAGCAACAUUGAUUAUUUUUUUAAAACAAAGUGCUGCAAAAACUAAUAAGUGGGUCACCAUAGUUUACAAUACACGAGACAAUUUUGUGGAUCAAAUGGAAAUGUUAAAAGACAUCUUUACAACUGCUGUUUUUAAAAUGGAUCUAUUGACUCACUAUACUUUCCUAUCGGCGGUUUUAUAGUAGAUUUAUUCACGAGAUAAUAAAAUUUCUUGAGUUUAUACCAUAUAUGGCUAAGCGUAACUUUUUUACUGUUCUUUUUUUAUCAUAAAGAAUAGUGCAAUACUUUUUUGUAAUAUAACUCGAAUAACAUAUAUUCAAGAAAUAAAAUUGUAUGAAAUAUGUUAGAAAAUCAAUGUAUAUUAUACAUUGUUAUACAUGUUAUAUUAAUAACAUAUAGUUUUGCUGAUAUUGACUUGCAAGAAAUUUAGAUCAUAUCGUGAAUAGAUCUGCAAUACUCCGAUAAUCCCAUGAAAGAAUGUUAAAUCAAGUUUACUGGAAGUUGUAACAUGCGUGUCGUAUUAUUGCUCUCUUUUAUUAUUUGCAAUAUAUUUGGUUCAAGUGUAUAUACACAAUUAUUUCUCAAGUUAUUUUCAGAAUAUUAGAUGGUUAUUCACGUAAAAGUUUAUUCAAUUGAAGAAACGUGAAAUUGAAACAAAAAAACUUUCAUGUGAAUAAAUAUCUUUAAUAUAUUUCAAGCAAUAAUCGUGUGUAUGUAUUCAACCGAAUAUAUAGUAUAAGUAGAUUGAUAAAUCGUGUCGUUUCUCAUCGAUGAAUAUUUAUAAUUGGAAUUGAAGAAAUAGUUUCGCUCAUGUUUAAUUCAAUCGGUACCAGUUACCUCUUCUAGUGAUCAUGAUUUUUUUACUUAACCAAAUACUGCCAGUAUUUAUUACCGGCGUAUUCACAAUAUAUUACCGAUAGACCAAAUUUAUUUAUGAUAAUAAUAUAUAUUAAGGGUUGAAUAUCUUAAAUCGAGGGAAGGUUAUUGUAAUAUAAGCGAAGCAAAUUUUUGUAAAGUCGGAGCGCACAGUUCCUUUCCCCUCCCGAUGAAUCAGGAUAAUCAGAGA